UGCGCAGUAUGCCGUCAGCAGUGUAAACGUGUUUUCCCCGGUGUGGGUGUGUGUAUGAACACAUAUCUUUGUGUGAAAGUCUAUGUGUAUAAACACGUAAUUGAGAGACUUAAUUUACGAUCAAGGAUGUAGUCCAAAGAAUAAGUCCUGGAAGGAAUUUCACAGCUCACUGGGCUUUCCUGAUUGUCAAGUUUGUCUGACCAAUGUACUUACUUCUAGCUGAUCCAAGACAGAAAAAUUCUCUUGCAUUUCCAGACAGGACUUCUUUCUUGAAAAAAUGUUUAAACAUUUCCUGCUUACAUGCAGUCCAGUAAAGAUAUGUUUGAUUUUAAAAUAUUACAUUACAUCAAGACACAUUCUGUAUUUUAAUCUUAACUUUACAGUUUCCUUCCUCCAUGUGUUACAUUUGCACAUUUUGAAAUAUAAAUUAUAUAUAGAACGGUCAAAAUAUAUUUUUUUUAACAAUUUGGUCUGUUUGUAAACUGCACAUUUUGAAAUAAAAAUGAUCUACAAUAAAAAAAAUAAAAACAUUUAACAUUUAAUGCAAAAAAACAUUCAUGAAUAACAUUGGCUAAAACAAUGGAUAAAGGCUAAAGAAAUGGAUUGUGAGAUCAGAUUUAGAAAACAGGUUUUGGCAGUACAGAAAUGCUAGACUAUAAAAGGAAGUUAAAAGACAGAGAAGGCAGUGAUUGAGAGAGGAAGGCACAGAAACAAGGUGCUUCGCACAGGUUUCACAACUGUUUGCCAAGAGCUAUAGACUCUGGAUUUAGGAAAAGACAAAGUAAGUUUUAGCACACUUCAAAAUGAUUAAGCGAUGCAGGAUAUGAAAAAGGAUAACAGGAAAUGAGAGACUAUGGAGGAACAAACAGAAAAGAGCGAUGUGAGGGAUGGUCAACAGAAUGACAUCCCACUACUGCAGUCUAUGCUGCUGAAACUGCUGAGUCCAAAAAAACGUGUCGACCGUCCAAAAAGAAGUACUUCCAAACCACAUGCGCAUCCAGAUAAAACUUCUCAAUGCGUGUUUUACCAAUCUUUGGAGUCUGAAGAUAUAGCAAAUGAAGACAGGAAUGAUUUGGAUAGCACAGUCAGAUCUGAGGAUGAUGAGAAACAACCAACAAGUAGCUCUAAAACAGAAGAUGGAAAUGAAAUGGUUGAAGAGAGAAAGAGCCCGUUCCCUAUACAAACACAGGCAGAAGAAUCAAGUCGGGAGCCAAAAGAAGGUGAAUUGCUGGAGGAUGAAAAUAAUAAAGAGCCUAGCGUUGAGGAGCACAUGGCUGGAGCCGCAUCUUUGCUUAACAAUCCGUCUCAACAAUCAUCUGCACACACGUCUCACCUCUCGAUGUCCUCAGAUAGAUGUGACACUGCACAGAUGGAGUUUAAGCAUGAACAACUAGAUGAGGCUUGUGGUGGUCCCUCAAAACCAGUCGGUAUGGACACAAGCAGUGUUCUGACUCAUCAAACUGUUGUGGACAUUACAAGCAGGACAGCAAGAUCUGCUUCAGAUCCUGUAGCCCAGAAGCCUAAGGAAGAGAGACCCCUCUCAGCUAAAAGUAUUUCAGACCUACGGAAAUAUGAAAACAUUACAAAUGCAACGAAAAGGUUCAGCAAAGCUGCUGUGGUUUUGGGAAUGGAGGAUUCAGACAUGAGUUGCGGGGGUAUGGAACAGGAGAACUCACAUGCCAAAACACAAAAGAAGGGAGUGAAAAACAAGAUGAAGAAUCUUACUCAUAAACUGUUGGAAAAGUUGAAAGAAAAACGUGAUUGUGAGCAGGCCGACAGCAAGAGCAUCCAAGACAGAGGGGAAGAAGAUGCACAAUGUCUACAUUCCAUGGAGAUGGAGGUCGAGGCUGCAGAGGUUCCUCCACCACUUCCACCAAAAAAGGGGAAAUAUGUUUUCUUAGACAGAACUUUUACCUUAAAAGACUUCAAAUUCAAUUUUGAACCGAUCAACUUAAUGGAUGAAAUAUUCACAGGAGACGAAUGGCUCAAUUACCUGCCCAGCAAAACCAGUCCAGCAGAGAAAGACACUAGUGAUCAACCAAUGACAAAUGAUGUUGUCCAAACAGAAAAAGAUACUCAGCUCGAUAUUCCGCUUUUGACACCAGAGCAGGACAAAUCAGAGGACAUAAAGAACAAUCAAGAGGAUGUUGGUGAUGCCCAACAGGACAAUGUAGCAGAAGUGAACAGUGACUCGCAUGUAAGACAAGUGAAACAGGAUGCAAAAACUUUUGCUAUUCCUAAGGCACUGCUAACAAAUAAUGCAAUAAAACAAAUGUCAUCUGGGAUGGACUGCGUGUCAAAGAAAUCAGGUGACAUCUAUGACCGUUUGGACAUGUAUAUUAUUCCCAAAAAGGAUUUACCAUUAAUGAGAAAAAAGUCAUCGGAUGCUCCGCCGAUGGACUUCUCAGCAGUCAAGUCAUUUGGAUUGCUGGAUAACUCUGCUCUCAAAAGUCGAAUCCGUCUCAGCAAAAAGAGACCCCACAAACCCCCCAAAAAAGUAAAAACAGACAAGUCAAACGCCAAAUUCUACAAAAUUCCCGGAGUCAUCCCGAAUGAAUCCCCAGUCAGUGCAUCUCUACCGUUUAAAAGCAUCCCCUUUUCCAAGUCUCCUCUUCUGCAUUCACCACUAUUCCGAGAUCACACCUGACCAAUCACAUGACUGCUCUUAUCAUCUGCAGUUUUCAGCAGAUUAAAGGACACUUUGACUUUAAAGACUGGAAAAUUCCAAAUUGAAGUUGAAACUGAACUGAAAAAUGACAGUUUGGAUUGCACUGAAUUAAGAAGAUAUAGGGAUGUUACAGUGGAUAAUGUUGAUCACAUCCUAUUUUACCAUUUGCUGGAAAAUACUUUUUUUUAUUCACCCUAACAAUUAGUUUUAUAAUAAAAGUUAUAAAUAUGAUGAUUUAACAUGUUAAUAUAUAGGAAAAAUUUAAUUUUGUAUUAUUUUGCAUUGUAAGUGUUCAUGCGUAACUGCCGAUUAACUGUAAAGCACAGUAAUUCUUUUAGCAUAUUAUAAUGCGAUUUAUUAUGUGAAAUAUCAUGUAAUAUUACAUUUUUGUGUGGCUUUUCGAUUUUACUAAUGAACUGUAAAUCAACAAGCUAUUAAUUAUAGUACUUAAUGUGAAAAUUCUAAUGAAAUUCUCUAGUAUUUAAAACCUGACUAAAGGUGAUGACUUUGAAGUAUUCAAGUAUUCUUAAUCAGUAGUCCUUAAUCAGACAAACAAUAAAUAAAUAAAAUCAA